AUGAGUUUUCCUGUUGCCAAAUUAGAGGAUGCGCGCGUUGACCAGUUCAGCUGGUAUUUCGAGGAUGAAGAGCUAGAGUUCAUUCGAUCGCACAAAGCAUCGUUUUUUGAGAAGAAGGAAGCUGAGAGAUUUUCAAAGUAUCUCGAUGGAAUUACAGCUUCCACGUGGUGGCUGAGAAAGCGCGAGCUCGAUCGAAUCGAGGACAAAGAAAAUACUCCUGUAAAGAAUGGGUAUUUCAACGCGAUGGGCAUGCCCGCCCCAGCCCCCUGGCAGAACGAAAAGCGAAUAAAGAUCGAAGUCCCUGAACAUGAGCGAAUCCCUCCAGCAGUCGGGAGGGGGCAAUUCAAGAGAAUUUCACAAGAAAUUAUUGGGCUACCGAAGAAGUUGGACGAAAAAGUGUCAAUCUGCGUUCUGACGAGAACAGAGACGAACGUCCCUUCAAAUAUCAUUUGCUCCUACUUUGAUCACAAUUUGAAAAAGCGCGUUAUCAGCUCAGUCCAGGUCUUCAAUUACGGACACAAUCACACUCUUGGUUUGGAGCUCCAUGUUCCGAGCAAAUUUUCAAUCGAUAGCGUACUCGAAGAGGCGUCACUGAUGAUCCAGGACGAGAACCCAUCGCUUGACAGGCAGUACACCGCGAUUUACUCACCAGUCGUCAAGACCGCAAGUGCUAAACUGAAUCUCGAUUGGACGAUUUCACAAAAUCAUCAGGGCCCAGAACGCGACCCGGAUAUUUUAUCUGGGCCUGACUUCGGCGAUGAAAAAUCAUUCCAAGCAUCGAUAAAGAUUCGACCAGAGUUGGGGCUCGAUUUCCCCGACGAGUUCAAAGAUUUAAGGGCGGACAUUGACCAGCUUAAAAUUUUCCUCGAAGCUAUGAGCACAGAAAUUCUUCCCCAAUCGUCGAAAUUGUCCGAUGAUUUGAAUUCGAUCAUCCGUGGAUCUUCUAAUGUGGAAAUAAGCGACUUGGUUUGGAGUUCUUGCAAGUAUUCAAGCCUUCAAGAGAUCACGAAGAAUCUCACUACUUUAAUUACUUUCGCCACGCAAGGGGAUGCAACGAACAUAUCCGUCUUCUCCGACAAUGAUUCCGACUUUGCGAUGAAAUUCAUCAAGGCCCGAAAGCGAGGCAUCCCCUCGAAAAUCCAUGAAAGUUCUGCAUUGGAAAUGAUCUUCGAAUGUGGCGAACAAGCGAUCUCUAGAAAACUUGAUGAAUGCAUAUCUUCUCGCGCUGGAUUGGCUCAGCUUCUUGGCUCACCUAACGGAAGCCAACGGGUUCAAGAGCAGUUGCAGGAGCUUGUUAGACGACUGGAAUCGAUUUGCUUGCAUCAUGGACUGCAGACUCUUGCUCUCCCUGAAGCCACAAUUCGCAGCUUCAUCUCCGACUGGGUCGCUCAAGGAGGCGGAGAAGUUACCCAAACAGUUUCCGGCUUUUCUGCUUACAAAAUCGUCAAAGAGCAUCGCCCAACCAGCUGGUCGAUGAAGAUGGAUCAAUACAUGAUCGACAUCAUCUGCAAAGAAGAUCACGUUGACCAGAAGUCAGAAUUCUUCGUAUACGAGAAGACUACAAACUUUGCAGACAUUUAA